CAGUAAGAAAGUAACAAUGCUACUUUUCAUGAUAUCGAUACAAUUUCGUUCCACUGUAGAUGCCAAUUUCCAAUACUAUACUAACAGAAAACCGUUUUACUAAUUUCUAAUUAAGUAUUAAUUAUCCAAAAAAAAGGAGUUUUAUAGCUUAUUAGAUAUUGGAGAUAUUCCUUAGCGUUUACUGUUGUUUGUUAACCAAACAGACGCGGGACACUUUAUUAUUUCUUGGAUUUAGACUGAAUUUAACUAACAAUUUUGUAAAUGCCUCCCGCUCCUCCUCCUCCCCCUCCAGCACCAGCACCUGCUGCGGCCGCACCCGCUCCUCCUCCCGUAACCAAAGAUCGGUCUGCCUUACUUAAUUCAAUUCAGAAAGGGACGAAGCUAAAAAAGGCGCAAACAAAUGAUCGAUCAGCUCCUAUUGUUGGCGGUGGUGGUGUUGUUGGGGACGCUUCAAAAGCAGGUGGUCGUUCUACCAAACCAUCGGGUGCACCUCCAGUCCCUAUGCCUACUUCUGGCUCCGCUGGAACAAAUGAACCUCCUAUUCCUGCUAGUGCUCCUAAAUUAGGUGGUCUCUUCUCACAAGGAAUGCCAAAACUUCGAAAGGUUGGAAAUGCUUCUUCCGCCGCGUCUCCACCACAGCCUUCAAAAUCAUCUACACCCGUGUCUUCUCCCCCUCCUCCACCUGUCUCUUCUGCACCCCCUAUACCUCCUUCUGCACCUUCAAUUCCCUCCGCUCCUGCUCCUCGCGUUCCUACUUCCCUGCCUCAGAAAAUUUCGCGUUCGCCUAGUCCUACCAAAGUACCUUCUUCUCCACCUCCUCCAAUUCCGUCUGCACCAUCUAAAGCUCCUCCAUUGCCUCCACAGUCAGCACCACCGCUAGGCUCACAUAUACCUAUGAGUUCAAGGGUUUCUUCGGGAAAUUCACAAACCCUUCCUCCUCCUCCUCCCCCUCCAAGUCAUCCUCCUUCAUCACCAAUUCCUGCUUCAUCUUACACUUUACAACAUCGUUCAGAUAAAGUUGAUGAUCAUGGAAGGUUUCAAUUCAAAGAUGAUAGUUAUCUCCCUCAACCACGACGAUUCAGAGGAGGUCCAAAAAUUUAUCGGGGAAGUACUGGAUCGACGGUCCCCCUUAGACUUGAUUGAGGAUACUACAGCGCUUAGAGUAGUGAUGUAUUUAUGAUUGUUAUUACUAUAGACAGAAGUCGUUCUUUACGAAUAAAUUGAGAAAGUUACAUACUCUUGUUUUA